GCUCAGAGCCCAUAUGCGAAGAGGGGGUGACUACAUUGUCUAUUGUAUGGGGGUUUGGUUUGGUUUGGUUUCGGUUUGUUGUUUUUUGGUGUUUUUUUCCCCUGGCAUUUUGCACGUUUCACGGGAGGUGUAAAUCGGGAGUAAAAAGCAUGGCAGAUGAGCAAGAAAUAAUGUGCAAACUCGAGAGCAUCAAGGAAAUCAGGAAUAAGACUUUGCAGAUGGAAAAAAUAAAGGCACGACUGAAAGCAGAAUUUGAAGCCCUGGAGUCUGAGGAGAGGCACCUGAAAGAAUAUAAACAGGAAAUGGACCUGCUGCUGCAAGAGAAGAUGGCCCACGUGGAGGAGCUGCGACUGAUCCAUGCUGACAUUAAUGUGAUGGAGAACACUAUCAAGCAGUCUGAGAACGAUCUUAACAAGCUCUUGGAAUCUACUCGCCGGCUCCACGAGGAGUACAAGCCCCUAAAGGAGCACGUAGAUGCCCUGAGAAUGACUCUGGGGUUGCAGAGGCUGCCAGAUCUAUGUGAAGAGGAAGAGAAACUGUCCCUUGACUACUUUGAAAAACAGAAAGCAGAAUGGCAGACAGAACCACAAGAGACUCCCAUCCCAGAGUCUCUGGCUGCAGCUGCAGCAGCUGCCCAACAGCUGCAAGUGGCCAGGAAGCAAGAUACCAGACAGACAGCAACUUUCAGACAGCAGCCACCUCCAAUGAAGGCAUGUUUGUCAUGUCACCAACAAAUCCAUCGGAAUGCACCCAUAUGUCCACUCUGCAAAGCAAAGAGCCGAUCUCGGAAUCCCAAAAAGCCCAAGAGGAAACAGGAUGAAUGAAAUCCAGAAGACUGACAAACUGUGUGACCUGUCCCAGUACUCUUCCAGUAGAACAGCAAAUUUGCCCAGACUUUAUUGAAUUGCAGUCUCAAGUAUGACUGUCUAAUUGUUUUCUAUUUAAAUGCAAUGUAAGCACAACGUUCCUACUCUAAGUUCCUUCCAGUCUUUAGGAUUUGGUUUUAGGAAAGUAAAUAUUACUGAUGCUACAGUUUAACAUUUCAGUUGUUUCAUCUUUUGUACUCCUAAACAAACUGGAAUUCUUUGUGCAAAUAUCCUAAAUGUCAGGCUAUUUCUAUUGACCAUAUGUGAUUACCUAUCAACAAUUGAGAGAGAGACAGGAAGACUGACUGGUGGUCAGAAUUCACUCUUUGCUGUGAGCUACAAAUGUUUAUAUAUCAUUCUAGAAAGGCUAGUAUUUUUUUAUUACAAUGAUUAGGUUAAACAUCACACAAACAAACAUACAUUUUGCAACAUCUCUUGCUUGCAGAGAUUGAUUCAAUCUUCUUUUCCUGUUCCCAGUCUUGAUCCAAUCUUCUUGUAAUCUUCAAAGCUGUUUGUUCUUGCCAAGGCAUCUUGGUUAUCAAACUGGCUAUGCUAAUUAAAUCUGCAUCCUAUGUCCACAAUAUCACAAAUGUUUUCAUGUUCUCUUUUUAAAAAACAGAUGUUACUAAAAGAUUAUUCUGUUUUCUCCUGAUAAUAGGAGACUAUUUGAAGUGCUGAAAUAGCAGACUGUCUGUUUGUUUCACUGAAGAACAAUUUGCUUUCCAAUCUCAUAAGACUGGGUAGGUUUGGGUAUCCAGUGGAACUCUUUUUAAACAGGAAAUGUUCAGGGAAAAUGAAAUUUGUUAUACAGAAAAUCAAUACAUUAAGGACACACACAUUGGUUUUGAUUACUGAAGUUGAUUGUACCAUUCCCUCAAACUUGACUUAAAACUUGGAAAGGUGCUGGCUGUGUAUGAAUUGCUAAAAGUUAUGUAUUUUGCCAUGCUUUAACAUCUUAACAGGUUAUUAUUUUUAGCAGUCAAAAGACUGAUUUACUUAAGAACAAGGCUAAAAUGAACUGUAUCAGUGGUCCUCCUAGGCUCUAUGGCUGACCAGCACACUCUGGUUCUCUAGGAAACAUGCAUGAUAUAUCCCAGCUCUCUAUGUGCACAGACUGCACAUCAGCCAUUCUGCAUGUCUUCUGUUCCUGGUUUCUAUGGCCAAAAUCUGUCAGACAUAUCCUCCACUGGAGCACAGGAAAGUUCAGUAACAUGCAUGAGGAACAGUGUCAACUAAAAAUUAUAUAUUUCACCAGAACCAACAAGCUUUGGUGUCAUUGUCCUCCUUCAACCAAAACUUUCUAUUUUUUUUGUCUUUUAACUGGUCAUUUUCAAAUAAUUUUUACUUCAGGCCGGUUUGUUUUCUUGUUCCCUGUGUGCCAAAAGAACCCUGACUAAAGCAUCUGGAGUAGAUCACUCCCUGUAUGUCUUCCCUUUGUUUCAUGUAAUGAAACAACAGUUCUUGCAAUGGGGAGGAUGGCAGUGAUCCACUUACGGAACUGGCACUUAAAAUUUACUCAUCUCUAAUCCCAGUUUUGUGACCACCUUUGUUGCCUAAAUUGAUCCUCAAGUGUUAAAUAUUCUUUUCACUAACUCCGAGAUGCAGUAACUGCUUGUUCACAUUCUUCUCUCUUUAGUCCAGGUUUCUCUCUACUAUUAUGUUAGAGUGGUUAUACUGAGAAUUUGGCUUGUUAGAUAGGAAGAACAGGGAAGCCCCAAGUCUCUGCUCCAAGAACUUUGUCAAAUACUGGCAACUAAUAAAUCCACGAUGCAAUUUUGCUGGCCAAAUCACAUAUGUCACCAUUAAUUUCUUAAGUCUGCCACAAAGUACACAAGUGAUUUACUGAAUAUAGUCCUAAAACUUAUGCCAGGUUCAGGAGAUAUUCCCCCAUUUUAAUGUUACAUAGUCAAAUCAACAUCUGUCAACAGCAGGCAGAAUGUGGACCACCUGCCCUGGAAAUUAUGUGAAGAGCAGAUUCUGCUAGCUGAAUUACAGGGAUCUGAUCUCUGAGAUAGCAAUAAUGAAAGAAAGUCUGGCUCCAUGUGUAAGAGCCUGAACGAGAGAUGUGGGACAACAGGCAGCUCUCAAAAUGCUGUUUAUUACAUAGAUGAAGUUACACCAUUUGUUGGGUUGUGGGUAACAGAGCCACGUCUAAAGCUGCCAGCUACCUCUUAUAGACAAGCCUGAAGCCACUUUAGUUCUGGUUAAAAUGCUUUAUAUAGUUUUCUUUGCUGAGCAUCUUAAUACAUAAAAACCAAUCAGCAUCAUACACAAUACCUUUACAUUUACCUAUAGCCUAUCAUAACUACUAAUAUUACCAUAUUUUUUUACAGUUUAAGCUCAAAGUUGUUUUUCUGUUUUCUUGCAGUGGAAAAUUCUUAGACUUUGUUUCUACUUGGUGAAAACAUGUUUUUUGUUUGCCUAUGGUAUCUUUUGCUUUUCUAAGACUUAUUUCUGCUUGGUAAAAACAUCUUUGUUUGUGGUCAACAUAUCCUUUGCUCUAGCCAUAAAACCUCUUUCCAACUCAACUUAACCUUUGCCUUCGUAAUUGUCUAGUAACAACUGGCUCAACAAUUCUAACUUUAGACAUCCUUUAUUCUUCUAUAUCAAAACUUGCUUUAAUUUCUAUUCCACUUUCAGGUUCCACAUUCAGAGAGCCUUCUUCUAAACCUACAUAUCUGUGAAACUUUCCCAACAUCCGUGCUCCAAAUGCCAAUAGUGUGUUAUGCAUGUUUUGUAGCACAAAUACUGGAUUCUACUGUUUUAAAUGUCACAGUGGUCACAUGCUGUGUGCCCUGUUCAGAGCAAUUCCUAUGGAGUUGAAGGGAAAAUGCACAGAGUUAAAAGACAGUAUGUGGACUUCCAAAGUGCAUACAUGAGAGCAGCAUACUUUGAUGGUAGUUGUACAUAAAUUUAAGAAGUAGUGACAAUGGAGUGGGUGAAUAGUCUGCAAUGAAGUAGUGUGAAUAGAAGGAUUGAUUUGUAGAGACUUUGACUUACAGUUCUGAAAUAGGUAGGGUUAGUCAUAGUUGUUCUCACCUCACUGUUACUUUGCCAGGUUCUUUCUUGGGAGAUCCUUGAACUGAAGUAUACUUAAGAAUGCACCAUUUACUAAUUUAGUACAACAGUUUUGUAUUUUUAGUUUUUUAAACUAGUCUCAUGUGCUCUUGUGUUUUACAAGGUUAGGGUUUGGGUUUUUUAAAAAAAGUGAAUAUGACAUACUGUGUUUACAUCAAUUGUACUAGUAUUUGCAAAUUUUCACUUUCUUUAUGAAGUUCUGCCAUAUGAAUAGCAUGCAUUGCUGAGAGUGAGUGUAACUGGAGAUAAGUCAGCAGGGUGCCCUGGCUGCCAAAAGGGCCAACCACAACCUGGGGUACAUCAAGUACAGCAUUGCCAGCUGAUUGUCUCACUCUACACUGCACUGGUGAGGCCUUUAGCACUGGGGGCAGUUUGGGAUGCCUCAAUGCAAGAAGGACAUCAGACUAUUACAGUGUUCAAAAGGAGGUGUGUGACCAAGAUUGCAAAAGGUCUCAAGGACAAGACCUCCGAGGAGCGGCUGAGGUCACUUGGCUUGUUCAGUUUGGAGAAAAGAGGGCUAAGGGGUGUCCUCAUCAAAGCCUACAACUUCCUCAAGGGGGAAGCAGAGGAGGAGGUGCUGAUCACCCUCUGAUGACCAGCAAUAGGAUAUGAGGAAAUAGAAUGAAGUUGCAUUGAGGGAAGUUCAGAUUGGACACCAGGAAAAUGUUCUUCUCUGAGAGAGUGGUCUGUCACUGGUCCAGUGACCCAGGGAAGUGUCCAAGGCACCAAGCCUUUCAGGGUUUGAGGAGCACUCGGAUGACACUCUUAGCCAUACAGUUUAAUGCUAGGUAAUCCUGUGAGGAGCAGGGAGUUGGACUUGAUGAUCCUUAUGGGUCCCUUCAUACUUGAGAUAUUCUAUGAUUCUAGCCAUUUCAAGGAGAUAAAAUAUGUAUUGUGUAUUAGGGGACCAUGAGUUUGGGGCAGGGAAGGAAGCAGUGUCUUUCAUAGGGAAAGAGUAUUCUUUUCUCUCACUGAAUAAUCACAGAAGUUUAACUGAAGAACUUUUCUUGUGACAGCCCCAGGCUCUUUUCUCCCAGGAAACUCUCUCAAGAGACUGGAGGAAUAAUUAUGAAAUAUUGGUUUCUUGAUGUUCAGACAGAAGAGGAAACUGUCUGAAGUUCAGUUGUUAACAUAAGUCUACUGCAUUUUUGCUUCAUGGAGCAACAAUGGCUUCUUCCUUUGUACCUAAAGUCUUUGAGGAUACUUCUUCACUUAAAUUUAUUCUUAUUUGGGUCAAAUUCUCUGAAUAGCCAUGAGAUCCUCCUCAAAGCUUAGGAGACUUUUAUAUUACUGAAGUCUGGUUUAACCCUGUCUUUGUUGUUCCAUUUUUAAAAGGGAAUCCAAGUGACAACAAAAUAACUGGAUUCUCUUGGUAUAGAUGGUUUCCAGGAUCUUCUCCUGGUUCAUCACUUGCCUCAAAGGAUAGUCCUGUUGUUCUGCAACCAAACAGAAAAAAACCCAAAUAAAAUUCCAAGCCUUUCGCCCUGACAUAAAACCUAAGGUCAUAAGUAAAAAGAUGCAAACACUGUAUUGUAUCUAAAUGCUUUGCUAUAGAAAUUUUCAUACCCAAGCUGGGGUGGAUCAGUUGUCCAAACUUUAGUGCCACGGACACCAUUAACUACAGAGAAAACAUAAUGAAAAUUUAAAUACUUGCACUUCCUGAAUUCACCCUUAGUUUUAUAAACAAGACCCUGACUGAACCUGACAGUGGCUUCAAUUUACAUAAUCUAAAUUUGAAAGAAUAGACGUUGAUGUGUUACUUUAAAUAGCAUACUAUUCAAGAAAUUGACUUCACUAGCACUUUAAAUAAAUAAAAAGUGCUCUAUUAAUUUAUUUUACAGUUUUCUAAUUCCUCCAGCAUACGUUUUCAUUUUAGUAUUUAGGUAUUCUAGCAAUAUCUGGUGUUUUCACUGGCUUCUGUGUUUUAAGUAUUUUACUCCUGUGCCUGAUAGGAGUAACAGUGUGAGAUCUGUUUGUCUGUACAGUCCUUCUGAAUAAAUGUUUGUUUCAUGUCAUGCUUUCCUCCCGCAGAGUAUUUUCACAUCUGUUAUUUGCUUAUGCUAGUAAGAAGCCCAGGUGGUAAAACUCAGCUCUCUGAUUAUACAGAAUACGCUUAGCCACAAUUCAAUUAUACCUUUAUAGAAACUUUAUGGAAAUAAAUAUGGGGAAAGAAAGAUCCCUUCCAAUGAGCUUUAGAAAAUAGAAAGGAAAAGGAGAUAGCAUGACAAGUUUUAACCUAGCCAGAUUUCUCAGUUUUGCCUUCUAAAGUUAAAUUUGAAAGUGGCAACAAACACAUUACCUUCUCCAACUUAAGGUACAGGAUAGCUGUUUUUUCAGGAGCCCUGCUUUGCCAUUAGGAGAUUAUAUCUACCAGUGCUUGGUAGAAGUUGCUUCUCUCAUCAGACCUGGAGACUGAGGAGUUUAUGGGAGCACUCCUGUUGCCAUGAUUCUUCCCAGUUUCCUGAGCAUUCAUACUAAAGCAGAAGUAUGCAGCUUCUCACGCUCCUUACUAUAAACAUUGGCCAUGUUUUGCUAACUAUUUCAUUGUUUACAUAUUUCUAGGUGGGAGGAGAAAGGUGAUUGACAGUUGGCUUGACCAAUGUGGAUUGAGAGGUGGAAUUCCAUCCUCCAAUCCACAGGCCCCAUAGGAAAUGUAUAAAACUGAGUUUUGUAAAUAAACUGGGGCUCUGGCUUUCCUGCCCUGCUGCUCUGAUGAACCCAGACCUCUGUCUCCAAGUGUGUCCUUAUCUAGCAAGGCUUGCGGUGAUACACUCCCUAACCCAAGUCUGUCAGGAAAGCCCACAUAUGCUGUAUACUGCUAGUAAAGGAGGUAACCUACUGCAUGGUAAUGAAAACAGUUCUGAGAAACAGCAUAAUCCAUUGGCAUAGCUGGAUUCAGAAUGUCCAUCCCAGACCUCACAGAGCCUGGAACCUGAGAUUGGUUAAAUAUAAGAGGGUGUGGGUUUUUUUUUGUUUUUUUUUGUUGUUGUUGUUGUUGUUUGUUUUUUGGUUUUUUGGGUUUUUUUACAUAGGUACUGUCUUCAAACACACAUAAACCACAAAAUCAAACAAGUACCCCAAUCUUCCUUUGUACCAUACCUAAUUCAAGAAAAAAUAAAUAAUUUUGAUAUCUGUUCA